CUGUCACGUAUCAUAACCAGCAUGCUAGAUAGCAGCAUCCCGCGCUUCAUAACGAAGCUACGCGAUGUUUUCGAAGAAAGACAUACGAGGCUUCCGAUAUACGAGCCACCCUCACCGGCUGAUCCUAACGACUGGAUUGAUUUUGUUCGCUCACUGGAAAUAUCGAGUUACCGGAGGCUUCCCAGUACCAUGAUCGACACAUUCCGCGCCGACGAAUCCAAAACUUGCCUUUCAGCGCGCCUGAAUCAGAUAUUUUGCGCCGGACAGCACACUUUGCUGCACAACGUCUCCGGCAGUGGGAAAACGAGCCUUCUCUUCCAAGGACUGCGCCACUGGUGGGGAUUGUACUUCGUAGGCGCAGUCGACAGCUUGGCGAUCGGAUCAUGCGAUGUCUGCGCGACGCAAGAGAUACUCGCGGACGAGCGCAGCGAUGGCAUACUCCGCAGUCAAAGCUCGCGCAUGGAGAUUCUACGGAUUCCUUUGCUGGUUCGACUUCUCGCCUUCGAAGCCUUCGCCCAGACGGUCGAUGUCUUGCACGCUUCCGCAGAAGAUCGUGAGUUGUGGCUCCUCGCUCAGGCUUGUUGGCGGGACUACUUCGACGGAGGUGACGAAUUCGCGCUUCUUACGACUGCCAUAUAUGCCAAGGAGACCCUCGACAUCAGCACGGAGAUAGACAAGGUCAUAGCUCGGAUCCGUGUGCUGACAGGAGACCCCGACUUCCACUUUUAUUGUGUAGUGGACGAGGCCCAAGCGCUCGCUCACGAAGUACGCCCACGUGCAGCCGACGACAGUGCCACGAUUUCGCCUCACCGAGAUUUAUCACAAGCAUGGGAGAGCUACAGUUGGUUGACAAUCAUCAUGUCGGGGACUGUGGUUCCGCAACAAUACUACCGUACCACCGACUAUCGAACAGUUUCGACUACGGGAUCGUUCGAUCGUCACCAGGCAGCUUCGUACAUCCAGCGCUUCCUUCCGCCGCACUACCUCCCAACGGCGUCAGGACUAGCACUGACCCAACGAGCGGGUGCCUGGCUGCGUGGGAGACAUCGAUUUUCUGGCGCGUUCGUGGUACUCGUCCUAUUGCGUGGCUUACGCGCGCCACACAGCCUCUUCGACGACUUUAUAUCGACUAUGACGGGUUUCAGACCCUUCGACGCCCGCGAACUGGUUGUACAGGAAGCAACACCCACCGCCGUCGCGAGGAGGUCUUUUACUCCCCUCACAACCCUGCACGUCUCGAGUCAUGCCACCGUACGGCGCGCUCUGCAUCACGUCAUCUUCAAAUAUCUGACGACCGGCGCCUGCACGCAUAUAUUCGACACGAAGUACAUCGCCCUCAUCGAGAAUGCGGCUGGCCGCUUUUGCGACGACGACGCGUCGCGCAUAGUUGUCGACGAGCCCUUGUGCAUCGUGUCCGCCGCCAACUGGCUCUGCGGCUCAAUCAGCGAGGGCCUUCUGAACCUGGAUCUCGUACAGAACGGUGGCGAUCCCUCUUUCUCAAGUAUUCGCGAGCACGUCUCUUUGCUAUUGGCGAACUCGCUCAGCGAGCCGCGUCCGCUCAGCGACUUGGUAGACCAUACUGGCCCCGCGCACCCUUGGACCAGAGGCACCGUCGAGCUGGUCGAGCUGCAUCGCUCGCUUGACGGCGCGUCUUGCGUCUUUUACCCAUUCAGGUAUCGGCACCUAUCGUCCACGCGCCCUAUCACCCUCGCCACCGACUGCGCAAGCUAUGGCGAUGUUCUGGCAUGGCUGAGCCACGAACGCACCUCCCCCUUCUGCCUCUUGCCAGAUCGAAGGAGUCUGCUUUUCGCGCUGAAGCUUUCAGAUGGAUCUUUUUGCUGGGCAUUGGCGCAGACGGUGUCGAAGGUUACGGGUGACUUGUCGGAAUGCUUCCAUCAUCCAAUUGACAGCGAAAAGGAUGCGUCACACGCCAUAGCGCUUCUAUCCCAGAUCCCCGUCCCGUGCAAGACGCUCGGAUCGCCGCCGAUCCUUCGGAUAGCGAUCUCGCCGACGACGGACGCUGAGGCCUCCGAAGGACUAGUCAUGGACAAGGCGAGGCUGGAGUCGCUGGCCGCCGCCAUCGACCUGCAAGAUGUGCUGCACCGCGUCGUGGCGAACGUCGUCCGGAUCGACGAACCUCACGCACCGGCGGCCAGUGAGCUCGUCAGCCCAGGCGCCCCGCUAAGCCCUCCGACGACGCCCGAGCGAAAGACAGUGCGUCCGAGACGAUCCAGGGAGAAAGCUUCGAAGACGACCGAACAAACACGCUAUAACCUUCGCCCUCGACAGAAGGCCAGCUCCCCUCCUAUGGGCCCCAUAACACGUAGCAUGCAGGCGAAAGCGACCACGGAGAGACGGUGUAAGUCUCUCGUUCGAUUGGGGAAGCGAUCGUAUGCAGACAACGACGUGGGCUCACGGAAGCAGCCUAAAAGACCGCGGACUAUUGCGUAGCACCUCCCAUCCGCCAUUUGUAUCAUAUUUAUCUGUAUUUAAUUAGGGAUCGGUACUGUACAUGUCUCCGUGGCUGUAGAUACUUGGGAAGAGGCUCUAAUAGAAAGUCGAAGCUCGGAAUCUUCGCCU